ACAUUAUUCUAUUCACAUGUUUAGCAUUGCAUUUGUUGGACCUAUGUGGGACUUGAUGAUGGCUGGAAACAUUUACCUCACGCUGCAGGUGUUACUUUUAAUGAAUUUGGGGUUUUGCUACAGCACAGUGGACCCUCCUGAGAACCUGACCAUAACAGACCCAGGGCACUUAGGAAACCUGGAGAUCAGCUGGAGCCCCUCACAGGAGCAGGUCCGGAUGAAGGAGCAGGGCCAGUGCUUAGUGCUUUAUGAACUUCACUAUUACGACAGCUACAGCAGCAGCUGGACUAGUAUAAGGACGACCCAGACUUCAUUCAGGGCUCAAUUUGAUCUGGGCCAAGAAGUUAAAGUUCGUAUUUACACUCUUAUCUCCGGAGCGUGUGCAGAUGGUCGAACAGCUAAAAGCAAAAACUUCACUGAAGUAGUUCAAAAACCAGACAUGGCAGGCAUAGAUGGCCUCCAGGAUUUCAUUUGUCUGUACUAUUACAUGGAGCACCUGUUUUGCAGCUGGAAGAGAAGCUCAAAAAUGCCAGCAAAGGCACAAGAGGCAUUUUAUUACUGGCACAGAGAGAUGGCACAUACAAAAGAGUGUCCAUUCUACAUUCUUUCUGGAGGUUUUAGGAGCGGCUGUAACUUCUCUGGAACAGAUCUACCCACUUUCUCUGAUAUUAACCUGUGUGUGAACAUGUCCUCAGACGAUCCCGUCAGACCCCUAUACGUCACGCUGCAGAUCCAAAACAUUGUGAAGCCUAAACCUCCUGGAGAUUUGCGUGUGGAAGCAGGUGCAGACAAGCAGCUGAGAGUGCACUGGGGCAGCCCUGCAGGAAGGAUACCCCAACACUGUCUGCUGUGGCAGGUUCAGACCAGGAGAGAGGGCCAGGAGGAGAAACCCACUCGGAUCUCCUCCACAGAAACAGCAGUCAUGUUGGCUCUUCCAGAUAAUGAGAUGAGUUGUCUGAGAGUUCGCUGCAUGUUGAAUAAGUAUUGUGCCAACAGCGGUGUGUGGAGUGACUGGAGUCCAUCAGUGUGCUACCCAGAAAAACGCAGCCUGGCAUCUGUACCAAGCCAGGGCAUGUUUCCCAAGUACAGGUACAUUGCUAUUGCCAAUAUCAAAGGCCUGGUGACAGUUUGUGCAUGUGAGCUGUCAUCAGACUUGUAA